ACAACAAGUGACCCCGGAAGUUGUUUUGUUAUUGUUGUUAUUGCUGCAGCGAGCAUGACUGCGAAGUUGCUCUUGAAUUAUCGCUCCUAACAUUCAGAAUGAACUUUGACGGUUUGGAAGCAGGGAUGGCCGAUUACCCCGCUGGCCUCCACGGCACUCUGGACCCAGGCCUGGAGCCCUCCAUGGAUCCUCAUUUGAACCCAAACCUUCUGCAGGGUGUGGAGUUGGACCCUGAGAGCCUGGCAGUGCCAGUGCCAGAACAGGUGCACCUGAUGGAAGGCAUGUUCUCGGAGCUACACAGCGCUGUCUCCGAAGUGGGAAUACCUGUGACGGCGUGCCACUUUGACCUGCAGGAGGAGAUGUUGUGGAUGGGAAACCACAGAGGUCAUGUAACGUCAUUCUUUGGACCAACAAUGGGGCGCUAUUCGUCAUUCCAAGUUCACUCGACAGAUGACAUCAGACAUAUCCAGAGUCUGGAGACAGGCGUUCUCUUCCUUUCCAAGAACAAUCUAAAGUGUUGCACUCGUGGAGGACUCGUCAUGUUUGACUACCCGAUGGAGGAGGGGGCCGACAUGCACAGCCUGCUGAUGACUGACACCAACACGCUGCUGAUGGGCGGCCUGCAGAACUACGUCACAGAGUUGGACUUGAAUUCUGUUCAGGAAACUCAGAAGUUCUCGUUGGAGCUUCCGGGCGUGGCUAUCAUGCGGCAGACAGGUCGUCACUUCUUCUGCGGCCACACGUCAGGCAAGAUCACGCUCCGCGACCUGCGCAGCUUCAAGAUGGAGCAAGAGUUUGACGCCUUCUCUGGCAGCUUGUCAGACUUUGACGUGCACGGUAACCUGCUGGCGGCGUGCGGCUUCUCCAGCCGCGGCCUGAACGCUCUGGCCUGCGACCGCUUCCUCAUGGUCUACGACCUGCGGAUGAUGCGCGCCGUCACGCCACUGCAGGUUCACGUGGACCCGCUGUUUCUGCGGUUCAUUCCCACUUACACAUCCCGCCUGGCUAUCAUCUCACAGACAGGUCAGUGUCAGUUCUGCGAACCCACCGGACUCGCCAACAUGGCCGACAUCUUCCACGUCAACACGGUGGGCCAGCUGCUCAUGAGCUUCGACGUGUCGUCCAGCAAGCAGGCCUUGGCCUUCGGGGACUCGGGCGGCUGUGUGCACUUGUGGUCUGACGCUCCGGAGGUGACGUUCAACGACUACUCCAGAGAGACGGAGUUCGCUCUGCCGUGUCUGGUGGACUCGCUGCCGCAGCUGGACUGGAACCACGACUUGCUGCCUCUGUCCCUCAUCCCCACGCCGCUGACCAGCACUGAGCCGCUCCUGUCAGACUGGCCUGCCACCCUGGUCUCACCCAGUCCCAGACGAGCUCCUCCAGUGGACCCAGAAAUCCUUCGCACCAUGAAGACGGUGGGGUUCAUCGGCUAUGCAGCAAACCCUCGCACUCGCCCCCGAAACCAGGUCCCGUACAAGAUCAAGGACGUGGAGUUGGAUUACGACAGCUACAAUCAAAUCCCGGAGUCUCCCAUCGGACGAGACGAGGAGCCGCACCUCUAUAUGGUCCCCAAAAAGUAUCGCAAGGUGACCAUCAAGUACUCCAAACUGGGUCUGGAGGACUUCGACUUCAAGCACUACAACAGAACCUUGUUCGCCGGUCUGGAGCCGCACAUCCCGAAUGCCUACUGCAACUGCAUGAUUCAGGUUCUGUACUUUGUGGAGCCAAUCCGGUGUCUGGUCCAGAACCAUCUGUGUCAAAAGGAGUUUUGUCUGGCGUGUGAGCUGGGGUUCCUCUUCCACAUGUUGGACCUGUCCAGAGGUGACCCCUGUCAGGCCAGUAACUUCCUGAGAGCCUUCAGAACCAUCCCAGAAGCUUCAGCUCUGGGUCUGAUUCUGGCCGACUCGGAUGAGCAGACAGGAAAAGCCCGACUGGGCCGACUGAUCCAGAGCUGGAACCGCUUCAUCCUGACCCAGCUGCACCAGGAGACCCAGGAGCAGGAGGGUCCACAGGCCUACAGGGGGGCCAGCAACAGCUCGCUGGGCUCCUCGGGCGAGUCGGUCAUCGGGAAGCUGUUCGGCUGCGAGGUGGAGAACAGUAGCUUGUGCCGCUGCGGCAAAGAGACGGUGCGCUCCUCUGUCAGCCUGCUCUUCACCAUGCACUACCCGGAGCACAACUCCCAGGAGAAGAUGAAGGAGUAUGACUUUGCAGAGAUCCUGAAGCGAAGCAUCUGCCUGGAGCAGAGCACACAGGCCUGGUGUGACAACUGUGAGAAGUACCAGCCCACGGUACAAACCAGGAACAUCCGUUGUCUCCCGGACGUGCUGGUGAUCAACUGCGAGGUGAACAGCGCCAAAGAAGCGGAGUUCUGGAGGGUCCAGGCCGAGUUCUCCUUCAACAAAGCCAUGCAGAAGGAGGCGGCGGAGCCCGUCGUCCCCAAAGAAGCGCAGCCGAUGCCCACCGAGUGGUGUUUGGACGGCGAGGACUUCAGCAGCAUGGAGGGCUUCACCUUUGACACGCGGGCCGAGGACUUGCGUCACGUGUGGAUCCCCCUCACCAUGAAGAUGUGCGUCAGUAAGACUCAGGGCCUGGAGGUCAGCAGCUGGACGGGCAGCGAGGAGCUGACUGCAGAAGAGGAGGCGGAGGGCGCCGCGCUCUACGACCUGGUGGUGACCGUCCCACACGUGCUGGACACUCGCACCGGCGGGAACCUGGUGGCUCACAUCAAAGUGGGCGAAACCUACCACCAACGCAAAGAGGGAGUCACGCACCAGCAGUGGUACCUCUUCAACGACUUCCUGAUCGAGCCCAUUGACAAGACUGAAGCUGCGCAGUUUGACGUGAGCUGGAAAGUUCCCGCCGUUCUCUACUUCGCCAGGAGGAACUACCAGAGCAAAUACGACCUCCGCAUCAAGAACCCCAUCGACGCCAGCGUGCUGCUGACUGAGGCGUCGCUGGCUCGGAAGCAGAGGAAGAGUCACGCCACCUUCAUCCCUCUGAUGGUCAGCGAGAUGCCGCAGGCUGGGGACCUCGUGGGUCUGGACGCCGAGUUCGUCACGCUCAACCAGGAGGAAGCAGAGCUGCGGAGUGACGGGACCAAGUCGACCAUCAAGCCCAGCCAGAUGUCAGUGGCCAGGAUCACGUGUGUGCGAGGGCAAGGUCCCAAUGAGGGCGUCCCCUUCAUCGACGACUACAUCUCCACGCAAGAACAGGUGGUCGACUACCUGACCCAGUACUCGGGUAUCAAACCUGGAGAUCUGGACGCUAAGAUCUCCUCAAAGCACCUGACGACACUCAAAUCCACGUACCUGAAGCUCAGGUUCCUCAUCGACACCGGAGUCCGCUUCGUGGGACAUGGCCUUCAGAAAGACUUCCGGGUCAUCAACUUAAUGGUCCUGAAAGACCAAGUGGUCGAUACAGUCUACCUGUUCCACCUGCCGCGCAAGAGGAUGAUUUCGUUACGAUUCCUGGCCUGGUACUUCCUUGACUUGAACAUUCAAGGAGAAACUCACGACAGCAUUGAAGACGCUCGCACAGCGCUGCAGCUCUACAGGAAGUACCUGGAGCUGAGUCGCAGAGGUGGCGCCGAUGAGGUCCGGAAGGUGCUGAAGGGGCUCUACGAGAAGGGACGGCAGCUGGACUGGAAGGUUCCGGAGUCCGAGUCCAGCGACACGCCAGCAGGUGGCGCCGUCUUCUCCUCUGUGAUCGGACUCUGAGAAUGUAUUUUUGUUACGCUGUAAAUAAAUGAGUCACAAAUGACACCAGAC